AGAACCAUAUCCAUUGAAUAAACAGACGCCAAGGCCCCCGUGAACUUGUGUCGGCUUCUCGCGGAGACAAAGAGCCGGGCGGUUACAUUGUUUACUGCUUUCACGUGAGCUUCGUUGAACCCUACUCGCUGAUAUCGCCUUUCAAUAAAUUCUACAAUGCUAAACUGGAACAUAGGUAUAUGUGCUGCCUUCAACUCGCCGAUUUGAGUAGAUUAUGCUCUUUGGAAAGUCGUAAGCUCAUAGAAAGUGGUUGAUCCGGAUGUCUCGAAGUAGCGAGCUUUCGAGCUCAGAAAAAGCCAGAUUAUGGGCGAAGCUGCUUUUCGUUGGCUUUCCAAGUAUUCUCCUUCUGCUCGUGCGGAAUGGCUUCAUUGCUUACAAGCGACGAAUUACUCCAUUCUUUCCUUGGCUAAUAGCAGCACUGUCUCGCACGUUUAUAAACCUCUUCACAGGCCGCGAGCUACAAUUUCUCUGCCCGCAUCCGUUGUCGAUCUACUCGUCGUGGAUUAAGGCUACGCGGAAGCAGGCAAGGGACGACAAGGACAUAUUCCUAUCAUCUCGAAUCAAGGCCGAAGUUGACAGUCUCUUUGACGUGCAAGACCCGACCGAAGGCGUCAGUUUGUUCUGGGUUGGCGAUCGUCGCAAAGCUCAGAAUGUUGUCCUAUAUCUUCCUGGAGGCGGUUAUAUAGCGCCUAUUAUUCGAGGUCAUUUCUUCGCUGCUGUGAACGCGUUCCUGGUUCCUGGGAAUGAAGUCGGGGUUGAAGUUGCCGUUGCAAUACUUUCGUAUUCACUGGCUCCCGCAAAAACGUUCCCAGCUCAAUUGCGCCAAGCAGUCCUCGCACUCAAGUGUAUUCUGGAUUAUGGUUUUCAGCCUAACAAUAUUAUUCUAGCAGGAGACUCAGCAGGCGGUGGUCUUGCGGCAAAUCUUUUGUUUCACUUGGGCAAGCCGAAUCCAUCUGUCCCAUCUGUUAAACUUUCACAGCCCAUAACUGCUGCGAUCCUCAUCGGCCCGUGGUUGAGCGAUAGGAUUGAUGAUAUGAGCUUCCGAGAAAAUCAAGAUUUUGACGAAAUCUCACCAGCGACGAUCAAUCGCUGUAUGGGCGAAUGGUUACUUAGGUCCCCGGAAUACGCUGAAACACCCGCAUUGCAGAAACCAUACGCUCUACCGAUGAGCAGCGAUAAGAAUCUCAAUCUGCAAUUACCCUUUGGGUCAUUGGCUCAAACAACUAAAAGUCUGACGGUCCUUGUAGGAAAACAUGAGUCGCUAAAAGACCAGGGGGUAGAGUUUGUAGAUAUCGCGAAGAAUCGCAAUUCUGGAAUGAAGACCAAGUUGGAAAUUGCUGAGAAUGAGGGGCACGUAUUUUUUAUCAUGGAGGCAGAACGGGGAGUAGUAGGGGAGGCUUUGCGGAGAGUCCGUGAUCUAUUUGUGGAAGCUCUUCAGUCAUGAGUGUCGCUUGGAAGUAGCACUUGCAAUUUUCCAUCUCAUCCUUCCCAAGUCGCCUCGAGAAUAGCUAGGUUAGAACCCUGCGGUCGCUGUACUCCUUUGAAGGCGAACCUCCGAUCCGCCUGUUC